AUGGUGAAGGACUUUCGUUACUACUUCCAGCAUCCUUAUUUUCGUAUCUUCAUCGCUUACUUUGUGGUCUUCUGUAACUUCCUGAUCUUUGCUGAGGAUCCAGUUGCUCAUAGCCGCAAAAAAUGCAAUAUUCCAGUUGUUGGAAAUUGCUAUGUAUUUAUUAUAGAGUUAUACCCACCUAAUACUUGGUCCAUUGCCAAAAUUGCUCUGUGGAUCUUGGCUAUAUUUACUGGUAUGAUCAUUGGAAAGUUGGUUAUUCAUAGGUUUUUAUUUGGCCGGUUUAUGCGGUUGCGUAUGUUUCGCAAUGACCAAGGAUCCUGGAUGGUGAUGUUUUUAUCUGUAAUUGUAUUGCUGUUUUUAUUUUCCAUCUUACUGAAUAUAUUGUACCUUGCUGGUGGAGAUGCACUUCUGCCUUACAAGGUGACAGGUCUGAUGGGAAUUGAGAACCAAACCUUCAUGAAAGCUGCUGGUGGCACAUGGAUGGGAGAUUUUGUCACUGCUUGGAUGGUCACUGAUAUGAUGUUGCAAGAUAAACUAUAUCCUAAUUGGGCGAAACGACUACGUUCAUUUUGGCAGCGUGGUUACAAUCGUAUCAUUCUAUUCUGGGUGGUAUGGUUUUCAAUGACGCUGAUAGUGGUUCUUGUCAUCACUACUGACUGGGUUAACUGGGAUGAUAUUAAUAAUGAUUUUCUUGUUUCUAACGAAGUAUCUAGAGCCUACCUUGCAUCUAUGAUUCUGGUUUUUGAUUUGCUGAUUGUAAUGCAGGAUUGGGAUUUUCCUCAUUUUGAAUCUGCUAUAGAUAUUAAGUUACCAGGUUUGAACACAGCUGGUAUAGAUAUCAAGUUACCAGCAUGUCUUAGACGAGAUUCAUGGGAUGUACAUAUCACAGGUAAAUGGUUUAACUAUGGUAUCAUUUUCUUGGUUAUGAUAUUGGAUCUGAACAUGUGGAAAAAUCAAAUUUUUUAUUUACCAUAUGAUUUCGGACAAUACGUAGAUAAUAGCGACAAAGUAUGGACUGUAACAGAUAGCGAUUCAUUAACGUUUCAUAACGAUACUAUCUUAACCUACGAAUGGAGAAGAACGAACACCAAUCCUUUAACCAACAGAACAUACGCAACUGACGACUUCAGUACAAAUUCUCGAUUCUAUGAUUAUGCUUUAGCGAUUAAGGCCACUGCAUUUGUACCGUCAAUAGCUGGAUUUAUUACUUUUGGACUUUUGAUAUGGUGGUACGGGCGUUAUGCCCUGAAUCCAAAUGAUCCCAAUAAAGGACGACUGUUCAAAAGAAAAAAGAUGAAAAGAAAGAAUGAACAAGUUAUGUUAACGAAUGUCAAACGGUUAGACGCUAUUGACAGAGGUCUUGUAAAUGCAGCUGAUAUACAAAAAGAAAGUGGUGUGUGA